UGUGGCGCAAGUAUUUGACAAGGUUGAAGACGACGUACGUAGUGUAGUUGAAGAUCUCGACGCUGUCUCGCUACAAACUAGAAAAUAUCUUGGCUGUCCCACGGUUGGCUGCAGCUACGGGUCCGUAGUGGUCGGUGAAUGCAUGGUUUCCCCCGAUAUACCCCGACUUGUAGCUGCAAAACGGGUAACAUUGGCUGUCGAAACGGCUUUGUAGUUCUCUAUGUUUCAGAGCUAUUUUUUUAAGUAGUACAACCAUGGGCGUGGAAGUCGAGACAAUAUCUCCCGGUGAUGGAAGAACAUUUCCAAAGAAAGGCCAGACAUGUGUUGUUCAUUACAUAGGUAUGCUGCAGAAUGGGAAGAAGUUUGACUCUUCCCGAGACAGGAACAAGCCCUUUAAGUUCAAGAUUGGACGGAGUGAGGUCAUUAGGGGCUGGGAGGAAGGAGUAGCACAGAUGAGCCUGGGCCAGAGGGCAAAAAUCACCUGCACACCAGAUAUGGCUUAUGGAGUGACAGGCCACCCUGGGGUCAUCCCCCCGAACGCCACACUUAUAUUCGAUGUGGAACUGCUCAAGCUGGAGUGAUGCCUGAGGUUAAAUACGAAGGGUGAAGCUUAAUGAGGCUGAGUUUGUCACAACCUGUUUCUACAGGGAGACCAUACUUGGCUGCUGCCUCCCACCAUCCACCUACUCUUCUUUGAUUUCUACAGUCUUCUUUAGUUCAAUAUUUAAACCUAUCUACUGCUGCUUCGUUGCCAUCUUGUCAUAAUAGAUCCUGCGAGAAAGAUUUCACAUCAUGCAAGACUUUUUCACUCACACCACAGUUUGGUUUCUGUUUGUUAGUCAGAGAUGCUAUUUAGUUUGAUUGCAUUUAAAGUUGUACAUUUUGUUGAACCAUGAGGAAAUCAUUCGUCAUGGUAACAAGCCAUACUACAUUGCAAUCAAUACAUAUACUGCCUUACAGUUUCAACAACAGAGGACGGGUACUUAUGUUGAAAGUACAUCAUUUCUGCUCUGUAACUUAACUGGGCAUUAUAUACCACUGUCUGCAUUGCCACUUUGAUAAAGGUUUGUCCUGCUGAAUGCUCUGAAUGAUGUUGCUAUGUGUAGCAUAUUUUAUAUCCCUCAUAAACAUGUACUGCAAGUAUACCCAAUCAAAUCUAACCCAAUCCAAUACUGUACAGAACUCUAUGAGAGCCAUUGCUACUAUGACAGUUUAUCGACCAACUCUUGAAUAAAAAUGGCAUGUAUUGUGUUGAGAA